GAGAAGUUGGGAAAACUCCUGCAAAUACUCAUCAACAGGAAGAGCGACACAAUCCGAAAACUAGGGCUGCACUCUUGUCAAGUGCCAGGUUCUGUCUUUCUCCGAGCGCUUUCUUGUAUUGGCAAUCAGAUUACGCACUUGUCGCUGGUUGAGUGCGCGAUAGACAUAGAGACAAUGUUUCAAGUAAUCCAAUACACGCAAAGUACUUUAGUAAGGUUAGCCAUGGUUCAUUGCGAAUCAGUCGAUACAAGAAAUCAACCUUGGACCUUCCCUUCGACAUUUCCUUCAAAACUCAAACUUCGCUCCUUAACUCUGAGCAUGUUCUACGAAGGCCAGACCAUUGUUGCAUCAGAUUUGCGAUUACUGAUCGCCGCGUGUCCCGAUCUUCAGCACAUUCAUUUAAAGGAGGGAGACAGCAACGCCUCUGGUAUAUUUCAUGCACUCAAAGCACAUUGCCCGCACUUACAGAGUAUUGAUAUUGAUGCCAACUACAACAUCAUACGGUGUACCCCAACUCACAAUUACUCUCAGUUGCAAAAGGGAACAUCGCGACCAGGAUUAUGCAGUUUUACGAUACAGCGCUUGAAGGAAAUACCAGAUGAAGACAUCAGAGCGACACUUGACGAUCAGCAAGAAACUUUACAAAUUCUCUGUUUGGAAUAUUUCAGGGAAACAAGUGUAAUUCCCAAUUAUAUGAGCUAUUUUGCGUGGCCCCGAUUACGUUACGUAUCGCUACAAGGUUCUCCGGUAUUUGAGGAAACCCAUCUAAGUGCGUUUCUCGAAAAAGCCCCUUUGUUAAAAGUCAUUGAUCUGUCACAUAUAUUGCAUAUGAGCGAUCGCGUACUGGAAGUAACGAGGAAAUUGAAGCAUUUGGAGGAGCUGAACGUUUCAAAUACCUCCGUCACACCCAACGGUGUACGUAUGCUGCUGGAUCAACGCCGGGCGUUGAGAGUACUGGUGAUGAUUGAUUGCCCUUCGUUGGAGCCUGAGGUCAUUCGGUACGCUCAAGAUAUUCUUGGAGAAUCGCAAGUCAUAUACGAGGAUAAAUGGAGUAUUGAUGGUUUCCCAGCACACUAUACACAUGUCACAUACAAUCCUACCAAGGAUUUAGAAUUUUUAUAA